AUGGAGGACUCGAAUGAGGAGACUGGCCCGGCGCCUCGGCCACACCCGACUGUCCCAACUCCCUCCCAGCCUAAUUCUCAUACAACUGCAGCCGCACCGAGUUGCAAUGGUCUGAAUGCCGGCAAUGGCACGGCUUUGCCCCAAGCUCGCGACCCCCCGUCCAAGGACCGUCCGGUGUCCGGAAUAAUCCCCCCAUACUGGAGUCAUCAUCGGAAUACAUCCCGUGCUUCUCAGGCUUCUGUAGACCAGUCUCCUGCUAUCACUUUAGAAGAUCACACCGAGGACCCGGACUCGGAGACCAGUCGUGGGCUAUGGGCUAGGAGCGUUUCAGUGGAUGAUCAUGUUGUCGUCCAAGGGAAAACCGGUGUAGGAGCAUACGUGGUUUGGAACUGCAUGAUACAAACGCUUGAGGGAGGUCCCAUUAAGAUCCGUAUGAGAUAUUCAGAGUUUGAUGAUUUACGGCGACAAUUGCGGGCCGCUUUUCCACACGCAAAGAAUGCACUUCCUGCUCUUCCACCAAAAAGCGUGUUUUUCAAAUUCCGCCCAUCCUUUUUAGAAUCUCGACGUGUUGGGCUGGAGUAUUUUCUAAACUGCGUUCUCCUUAACCCCGAAUUUUCCGGUUCACCGAUCGUCAAGGAUUUCUUAUUCGGUCGAAUGUGUUAA